AAUACCGUAGAAACAAACCUAGCCAAGAAAAUUUGCGGCAGUGACAGAGAGACUCCAAUGAGUAGCGGUAAGGAGAAGAAGCAGAAAAAACCAUUGCCCUUAGGACCCAAUAAAGUCAAGAGAAAGCAGCAAAAUUUGAAGAAAAUGAAAAUCAAUAGCAAAUCUAAUGAAAAUUCAAAAACCAAAAGCAAAAUGAAAAACAGCGAAAAGAAUAUGGUCAGUUUCCCAACAGCAGCAGAGCAGCUGAAGUAUUUCCAUGAGCAGUAUCAAUCAGCUAAUAGGGUUCAGCUUUCUUCCAUAGAGCUCGAAUCCUUUACAGAGACAUGCAUGCUUGAGCUCAAUCGCAAUCAAGCUCAAAAUAGUAGUCCAUUGGCUGAUCAUAUGAAGGUUGCUUUUGGACCAUCAUGGAAAGAAAGUCUUUGUGAAAAGGAGCUUGAUGGGAAAAUGGAUCCAGGGCAUCCUUCACUUCUGGUCAUUAGCUUAUCUGCCUUGCGUUCAUUGGACCUUCUCAGAGAACUGCGGCCUUUGACAAGUGAAUGCCGUGCUGCAAAGAUUUUCUCUAAGCAUAUGAAGGUUGAGGAGCAGAUUUCGUCUCUCAAGAAUCGUGUUAAUAUUGCAAGUGGGACACCAAGCAGGUAUGCAUAGAAUUUCCUUGCAAGUUGGACUCAUUUCGCCUAUGAAUAAUGAUGUUGAAGUAUUUUUCUAUUGGUAUUUGUUUAUGUUUGUUUUUGCAACUACAAUCAAUGAGAACAUCAUGCAAUUGCCAUUUACAUACAAACUCAGUUGAUGGAUAGUGACUUUCUCCAUAAACUUUAGAGAAUAGAUUACCCAAAGGCGAUGAAGCUUCAUGGUCAAUGGAAUGAUGAAUUCAUGCACAAUGAUGUUUCCAGAUCUCUUUUAUUCCCUUGCAAGUAUGCAUGUUUUAGUGGGACUUGUUCGGUAGCCACAGGACAUGCAUUAUAAAAAUGAUUCAUAUGUAUUGUCAUGGGCUGCUUUCCAGACAUGCCCCAUGACCCCUUGGCCGCGCC